CCUAAGGAAACCCUUGUGGGACAGAACCAAUUUCAAACCUUGUGUUAUUCUUACCUUUUCCGGAUCAGGCAUCCACCGAACUAGAAAGAAAACAAAGCAAAGAACAACCAAAGCUUCGUUUCGCAGAUGUGAAAUCCCGAACAAAGCACAACCCAACCAACACCAUCACACAUUCUUUCCGUUAUCCAAGUCACUACCUUUCUCAAGCAACGGAUCCAUUAUUACCCUUUCUCAAACCAGUUACUAGUGUCUCAUUGUCUUGAUCGAGUCGAUAACCAGUUCAAUUUAUACAACAUUUUCCGCACUCGUUUCAAUCGCCACAUUGUUCAAAUUCUGAAACGCACUUUUUCCCAUCACUAGUUCGGAACUGCCGAGACUGAGAGAGUGACAUUAAAAAAAAAAAAAACAGAAACGCGAUUCGCGGAAACCAAACGGGGACAGUGCAAAUGAGAAUUUUCCCAAACACGUUCUUCACCAAAGCCCGCAAUCUCAUAGGCCUCGGGUUCGCUUCCUCGACCGCCGCCACCAUCGCGGCCUCCACUUCCGCCGCGUCUUCUUCUCCAUCAUCCACCUCUUCUUCCGACACCGGCGAUACUUCUUCCUCCUAUUCUUCCUCCUCCGAAGCCCAAAUCGUCCACCGGAAAAUACUGAAAACGAAGCUCUGCAUCAUCGGAAGCGGGCCGGCGGCGCACACCGCCGCCAUAUACGCGGCGCGCGCCGAGUUGAAGCCGGUCCUCUUUGAAGGCUGGAUGGCGAACGGCGUCGCUCCCGGUGGCCAGCUCACCACCACCACCGACGUCGAGAACUUCCCGGGAUUUCCCGCCGGCAUCCUCGGCACCGACCUCAUGGACCGCUGCCGCCAGCAGUCGCAACGCUUCGGUGCCGAGGUAGUCACGGAGACCGUCACCGCCGUCGACCUCUCCCAACGUCCGUUUAGGGUUUACUCCGACUCCACCACCGUGGAGGCCGAAUCCGUGGUGGUCGCCACCGGCGCUGUGGCGAAACGGCUUAAUUUCGAUGGCGCCGGUGACGCCCCUGACGGGUUCUGGAACCGCGGCAUAUCCGCGUGCGCUGUGUGCGACGGCGCCGCCCCAAUAUUCCGCGGCAAACCGCUGGUGGUGAUCGGCGGCGGCGAUUCGGCGAUGGAGGAAGCUACCUUCCUCUCCAAGUUUGGCUCCAAGGUGUAUAUAAUUCAUAGGAGGGACAAGUUUAGGGCUUCUAAAGUCAUGCAGGGAAAGGUGAUGAGUAAUCCCAAAAUUGAGGUGUUGUGGAAUUCAGUGGUGGUUGGGGCUCAUGGGGAUGAUAAGGGUAGGAUUCUUGGAGGGGUUAAGGUGAAGAAUGUGGUGACUGGGGCUGUGUCUGAUUUGAAGGUUUCUGGAUUGUUCUUUGCAAUUGGGCAUGAGCCUGCCACAAAGUUCUUGGAUGGUCAACUUGAAUUGGACUCUGAUGGGUACAUUGUGACCAAACCUGGCACCACAAAGACUAGUGUUGAUGGAGUUUUUGCUGCUGGUGAUGUUCAGGAUAAAAAGUAUAGGCAAGCUAUUACAGCUGCUGGCACUGGGUGUAUGGCAGCCUUGGAUGCAGAACAUUACUUGCAAGGGAUUGGUUUGCAGGAGGGUAAGAGUGUUUGAUGUUGUUGUACCCGGAGUUCAGAAGAUGCUUCACUAGAAGCAACGUUGAAUCCAUACAAGAAAGUGAAAGCUUUUCCUUACCCUGUUAACAUAUUUAUCUGUACCAUGAUAUUGAUCAUUUGAAUAUUUGAUUGCAGAGACAAAUAGACUAACAUCAUUUGAGUAAACGUUUAUAUGGAGCUUUACCCUCUGUUUGCCAAGAAAGGCAGACUAGAUGGAAAUAGAAAUAAUGUGAAUUGCAUUGAAAUACUAAAUUUCUAUCAUUUAUAUCUUUGACGAGAAA